GAUGGAUUAGGCGGGUCUGGAAACAUGGCCUCCUCGGAGCAGGCAGAGCCGCCCAGCCAGACUGGCUCUUCUCCUGGUCCCGAGAAUGCGGUGUCCCGAGAGUCGCUGAUCGCAACAGCAGUGAAAUUUCUACAAAACUCCCGGGUCCGCCAGAGUCCGCUGACAACCAGAAGAGCAUUUCUUAAGAAGAAAGGACUGACGGAUGAAGAGAUUGACCUGGCUUUCCAACAGUCGGGCACUGUCGCUGAUGAACCACAGUCCCCAGGUCCUUCCACACAGCUGGUGCCAGCUCAGCCCCCUCACCUUGUGCCGUACAGUGCACCGGGAUCUAGAUGGCGAGACUACAGUGCUUUGGCUAUCAUUAUGGCAGGGAUUGCCUUUGGCUUCCAUCAGCUUUAUAAGAAAUACCUGCUCCCUCUCAUCAUGGGAGGCAAAGAAGACAGGAAACAACUUCAGAGGAUUGAGUCGAACAUUUCUGAGAUGAGUGGCAGCGUGACACAGACAGUGACUCAAUUACAGACAACUUUAGCCUCUGUUCAGGAAUUGCUGAUGCAGCAGCAACAGAAAAUCCAGGAGCUCACCCAAGAGCUGGCUGCUUCCAAGGCUACCACUUCCACCAACUGGAUCCUGGAGUCACAGAAUAUCAAUGAACUGAAAUCUGAGAUCUACUCAUUAAAAGGGCUCCUCCUAAACCGGAGGCAGUUCCCUCCCUCCCCAUCGGCCCCCAAGAUCCCAUCGUGGCAAAUUCCAGUGAAGCCUUCCUCCCCCUCCAACCCCGUUGCCACCAACCACAACAGCAGCAGUGAUAUCUCUCCUGUCAGCAACGAGUCCACCUCCUCAUCACCCGUGAAGGAGAACCAUAGCCCAGAGGGGACAAAGGUCAACUGCCACCUCCUGACCACAGAGGAAGGUGGCAAAGCGGUUAUUGAUGUCAAGGGCCAGGUGCGGAUGGAGGUACAAGGCGAGGAGGAGAAGCGGGAGGACAAGGGGAACGAGGAGGAGGAAGAAGAGGAGGACGAUGAGGACGAUGACGUCAGCCAUGUGGAUGAAGAGGAGUGCCUUGGGGUCCAGACUGAGGACCGGCGAGGAGGUGACGGGCAGAUUAACGAGCAGGUAGAAAAGCUGCGGAGACCUGAAGGGGCCAGCAAUGAAAACGAGAUUGACUAGGGCAACUGGGCUGCUUCUCCUUCUGCCCUGCAUCUCCCUAAGCCUCCCCUCCUCUUCUGAAUUGCCUCUCCUGUUCAGUGGAGAAAGCUUCCCUGCCCCAGUGAUUCUCCCAUGAUUCACCUCGAGUAGCGUCAUGAUUGUCCAGUGAGCAAGGUGGGUCCUGUGUCACCCCAGGGCCAUGCAGCAUCCUGGUGGCUUUCUUUCCCUUUCCCCACACCACCUCCUGCCCCAGGAAUCUGAGCUGGGGUCACUGCCCAGAUUGGGAGAACACCUUACCAUGGGCAGAGACUCCAUGGCUAGAGAAAAAAGUCCACUUGCAAAUGCAUUCAGCAUCAUUUGUGAACUAGUCCAAACCUUCACUGCAUCCCAGAGCCCUUCCAUCCACGCUCAGAAACCAGGUGGCCAAGCCCCUUCUUGUUCCCAACCACAUCUUGGUCCCAAAGCAGUUCUCCCCGUUCACUGAAACAUCCCACCAGAUUUUACUCCUCAAACCAGGCUGUUUAAUCCCUAAAUACCCCAUCAAAUCUUGCUCCCAGGCCAGCCACCUGCCGGCCAGACUUUGUGUGAGACCCAACUCCUGAAGCCGUUCAGCCUUUGAGAAACACUGAAGUUCUGGCAAAGUCCAAAGGACACAACUCCCUGCACUCAACCUGGUGCCUCUUGUUAGGGGUCAGGCCCAUAGAAAUGGUCAUGAGGCCAGGUGCCCUUGACUUCCCUCUGGUGAAAGAGUACUUCCCCUGCCGACACGAUUCACACCUGAUGCCCCAUCCACCCUCAUUUACUGUGCAGGGGAGGGUAGCUCACGCCCGUUUCUGACGUCUUCCAUUCCAUUAAUAGCCUGGCCUGAAUGAAUCGGGCGAUUUUGGCUGCUGGAGUAGUCAGUCAGUCCCAAGCCUCUGCAGUGGUUCUUAGCUCAUCUCAAUGGUCAGUCAAGGCCUGUGUCCAACGUGGCACAGGGAUCCGCCUCGGCAAGAUGCUGUUUGCAGUAUGGAGAAUGGUUCCAACGCAGAGGUGCGCCACUCCCCUCCCUGCCCGGCCCGGCCCGGCCCUCUUUGCCCCAGGAGGGCUAAACACAAAAACAAAACGACGAGUUUUGAAUUCUCCUGUUUGCAGCAUUGUGUUUGCAGCUGGUAAAAUGGUGAUGUCUGAUUCUUAUUCACUGCAUAAGAGCCUCUUAGCAGAGCAAUUCCUGUAACAUCUGAGUCUCACUGUCCUCACCAAGCAAACGUGCUCGUCUGUGUGAUCACGUAUAGAUUUCAAAUAUAAAAUACGAUUGUAUAUAAUUGUAAUAAAUAUGAGUUACCACUAUUUAA